GAUGGUCGAAAAGUGGGGACAAGAUUUUGGGUCUACUAGGAGUAUAAAUAAUCGGCAAAGAAGAUUUGUCUUCACAGUCUGAUCACAGAUCACAAGACACAGUCCCAAAUUCUACCGACAACAUGAAGAUGAUAAUCGCCUUCGCCGCCCUUGUGGCCGUCGCCAUGAGCGCUUCAAUCGAUGCCGACCGCCUGGCUACGAUCCAGGCUGAAGACCCCCAGGACAACACCGGGUUCUCAGACUACAAAUAUGGCUACCAACUAUCGAACGGUGCGACCAGACAGGAGUCCGGCCAGCUGGUGAACCCCGGCAGCGAGGACGAGCACUACAAUGUCGUUGGUAGCUACUCGUGGGUCGACCCGGUCACCAACGUGCAGUACGCCGUCAGAUACACCGCUGACAAGGAUGGUUUCCACCCCGAGGGCGACCAUCUCCGAGCCUAAUUUUCCGCCAUGUAAACAAUAAAAACAUGUGCAGAAUUU